GCAUCACGGCCAGACAGUGAUUAAGGACAAGCACACUCUCGCCGCGACUCUUGGCAAUGGGUCUGGCUUCCGAUUACCACAGGAAGGGGAUGAACUUGCGUCUCCUCCACGGGGAGUGAAGUGCUUCUUUCCGCCGCAGGGAGGCAGUCGGACUUCGAGGAGUACGACCAAGAUCGUAGAAACUCGUGGACAUGGUUUACGUAGGGAUUUUUCACAAACCUUGCAGCGUUUUGGCCAAGGAAGUGGGAUCCGUGUUGGAACACCGGGAAGCGGCGGUGGGCUUAAUUUCGCUUUUACAACUAGUUAUGAUGGUGAUAUACAUCUGGAACGAAGGAAGCCAUUAUAACAAAAAUGCCGUUGUUCUUUUUGAGAUGAUUGCGUGAACUAUUAUCAUGUAACAAAUUUUUGAAAUUCGAGAUACUUUUCAGUUUCACUCUGAUAGAUCGGAAUACGUCCACGAGUACCAGUGGAAGCUACAUCAAGUUCUGUGGAAAAUCACCGUAUCGUCCUUUGCACCUUUUUUUCGAAAUUUCCUCACUCUAAUCUCUGUCAAGCAGGCAAAGCACUCGUGGG